UAACACCAUGAGCUACUACAGUGGCUACUACGGAGGUCUGGGCUACGGCUAUGGUGGCUUCGGAGGCCUGGGCUGUGGAUGUAACAGCAUCCGCAGACUGGGCUAUGGCUCUGGCUUUGGAUAUGGCUCUGGCUUCGGAGGCUUCGGAUAUGGCUCUGGCUAUGGAGGCUAUGGCUAUGGCUCUGGCUUCGGAGGCUAUGGAUAUGGCUACCGCCGCCCUUCCUGCUGUGGAAGAUAUGGGUUCUCCAGCUUCUACUGAGUAAAUUGUUGAAAUUAGAAGCAAACAGAGGACUUGCAAAUAUUGGUGGCCCUGUUCUUUGCUCUUAUCCCAGAGAAACAUGAAUCUAAUUUUCUCUGACAUCAAUUUAUACAAUUUAGGAAUGUAUAAGCAGCUUCUGUGAACAUUUUAUAUCUUUAACCUUUGUAACCCAUUACCAAAGUGUAUUAUUUAAUAUGAAUAAAAUUUUAAUUUGCUC